AAAAAAAAAAAAAAAAAAAAAAAAAAAAAAGCAAGAAUCAAGUCAGUGUAAUUUCAUGGGGUUUUUCCUCCCCCCCCUCCAUAAUUUCGCCUAGAGUUUGGCACUCCCUUCGCCGGGAAUAACAGUCUUUGUUAUUUUAUUAGCAGGAUGCCUUGAGACACACGCAGCAUCUGGCGGAGGAUUAACAUACAUCCAUGUGUAUGUAUGCGUCACGUAUAUAUUUACUGCAAAUGGUGGGGGUCCUUUAGUGCCCGACAUGGGAGACCUGAAGUCAGGUUUUGAAGAGGUGGAUGGCGUGAGGCUCGGCUACCUCAUCAUUAAAGGCAAGCAAAUGUUUGCCCUCUCCCAAGUCUUCACAGAUCUGCUGAAAAACAUCCCGAGGACGACCGUGCACAAGCGCAUGGAUCAUCUGAAAGUGAAAAAGCACCACUGCGAUCUGGAGGAGUUGCGGAAACUCAAGGCCAUCAACAGCAUCGCCUUCCACGCCGCCAAAUGCACGCUCAUCUCCCGGGAAGACGUGGAAGCGCUCUACACCUCCUGCAAGACCGAGCGUGUGCUCAAGACCAAGCGCCGGAGGCUCGGCCGGGCCCUGCACCACCACCACCGGGCCCAGCCGCCGCCUCCUCCGCUGAAUCACCACCACCCCCCUCACCACCACCGGCCGCAGCCCCAUCCGGGCAGCUUUCCCGAGAGUUGCAGCAGCGACUCCGAGUCCAGCUCCUACUCGGAUCAUGCAGCCAACGACUCAGAUUUCGGAUCCAGUUUGUCCAGUUCUAGCAACUCUGUGUCCUCGGAGGAAGAGGAGGAGGAAGGAGAGGAGGAGGAGGAAGAGGAGGAGGAAGAGGGGGGUAGUGGGGCCUCGGAUUCCAGUGAAGUCAGCUCAGAGGAGGAGGAGGAGGAGGAAGAGGAGGAGGAGGAGGAGGACUCGUCCACCGAGUCGGACUCCAGCUCCGGUUCCAGUCAAGUGUCAGUGCAGAGCAUCCGUUUCAGGCGCACCAGCUUCUGCGAGCCGCCCGGAGUGCAGGCGCAGGCCAACUUCUUGUACCAUCUGGCCUCCGCCGCCGCAACCAAACCCGCUGCUUUCGAGGACUCCGGCAGACUUCCCGACCUCAAGAGCAGUGUCAAAGCGGAGUCACCCGAGGAGUGGAAUCUGCAGACCUGGGCCCCCAAAGCGUCUCCGGUGUACUGCCCGGCCGGCCUGGGCAGUUGCUUCCCAGAGAUAAGGAACGAUAGGGUAUCUGAGAUGACAUUCCCACACUCUGAAAUUUCCAGUACUGUAAAGAGAACUGACCUGACAAUUAACUGCCUGGCAGAAGGAGCCUCUUCACCUAGCCCAAAGACAAACAAUGCAUUUCCACAACAAAGAAUAUUCCGAGAGGCUAGGAAAUGCCUACCAGCAACUCCUGCUACACACUGUGCAGAUAAGAACACAAUAGCUGCUAGGUUCUUCAAUAACGAGACUUCGGGAGUAGCAGCAAAUUCCGAAAAAGAUUCCAAAAUCCCUCAUUGUCCUGAAUUUGCUAUGGAUUUGCCCUCCUCGCAAACGGAUCCCGAAGUGCAUACAGCAACAGCAGCAGCUAAAGCCGAGAAUCCCUGCACUGACACAGGCGACAAGGCAUUGCCAUUUCUGCACAAUAUUAAAAUCAAAGUAGAAGACAGUAGUGCUAAUGAAGAAUAUGAACCUGACCUUAUUACAAAUAAGCUAAAGUGCGAGUGCAAUGAUACAAAGGGUGAGUUUUACAGUGUGACUGAAAAUAAAGAGGAGGACACCUUUUUAACCACAGCCAAGGAAGGGUUUGCAUGCCCUGAGAAAGAACCUCCUUCCUUAGACCCACUGACUCAGAGUCAGGGCCUUUCCUGCACUUUAGGUUCUCCAAAACCUGAGGAUGGGGAAUAUAAAUUUGGUGCCAGGGUGAGAAAAAAUUACCGGACACUAGUACUGGGAAAACGACCUGUCCUUCAGACACCCCCACUCAAACCAAAUUUGAAAUCAGCUAGAAGCCCUCGUCCUACAGGUAAAACUGAGACACAUGAAGGAACACUGGAUGACUUUACAGCUCUAAACAGGCGAAAAAAGGUAGCCAGCAAUGUAGCAUCAGCAGUGAAAAGGCCAUUUAAUUUCAUGGCAAAUUUUCCUUGUCCACCGUCACUUCUUAUCGGGAAGGAUGGGGAUUUGUGGCCGGCCUAUUCCUUAAACACCACUAAGGAUUCUCAACCUCCUCACAAGGCCCAUCCUAUCUGGAAAUGGCAGCUGGGCGGUUCUGCAAUACCUCUUCCACCUAGUCACAAAUUCAGGAAAUUUAAUUCGUGAAAAAUGUUUGGGAAGAUAUUUUCUGGAACCAUAUUACCUUCCUUUUGUUGUAAACUGCACAGGAUGGUUUGUACAAGUCCAUUAAUGGUGUUACACCCCCUUUGGAGUCCUGGUUUAUCCCAUUUUGAAGACAGAAAUCGGAUUACUUUUUUUUUUCCAUUGCUGGUUUUUUUUGUUUUUUUGAGCAGGGUGGGGGUGGGGUGGGAGAAGGGUUCGUUUACGCACCACAGGCUACUUCAGGCUAAAGACUCAAGUAAAACUCAGUUAUGGUGGUAGAGCUGGAACACUUUACUGUUUCAAGGCUAAUAAUGCGCCGGUACCUCAAUUCAACUGCUAUAAAUAAAUGUCAAAAGGUUGAAUAAUAAAUAUUACAAUGAGCCAUUAAGUUUAUGCACUAGAUUUCAGACCUGAAAGUAUAACUGUUAAUUCAGUGCAAGUUUGUUAGUUUUCAUGGUCAGACAGUGAAGUAGCAAGAAGUCUCUGUGAGCCCAAAAUGUAAUUUCCUGGAGCUCUUGUUUGUGGGGUGUCUUUUUCUUUUUACUCCCCUCAUUCUCCAAGAGUAGUUGCACUUAACUUUAUUUUUUUGAGUGGAAAGAGUGGGAUGUGAGUCAUGGAAUGCUGAUAAGAAGCUGCCUCAUACAUAAUAAGUAAAAAAAAAUAUGGGAUCGUUUUUUUUUUCUUUUUCUUUUUUGUUUUUGGUAAAGGAUGUGAUUUUUACUUUUACAGAUGCUCCUUGCAAUUGGAAAAGUCCUUUUUUGUGUUCUCACCCAAAUGUUUUAAAUAAGAUGACUCUUACUAUUGUCCUGCUUAUCUUGUGGUCUGAACAUGACUCUUCAAACUUUCAAAACAAUUAAAAUAUUUUUCUUAGCAGCAGGAUAUUUUAUGGCCUAUGUGUCCAUAGUAAAUACAACCAAGAAAAAGAAAAAGAGGGGUCAGAGUUGUAAUACCCCAAUGAAAAUAACAGUUAUUUCAGGGCUUUUGGUACCAGAACUCAGGCACUUGGAUUUUAUUACCUUAUACUUUUGAUGCAUCUCUCUAAACUUCUGUUUUCAGACCAUCCUGUGUAUAGAGCAGGAGAGUUUCUACUGCAAGUGACAAUCAGAGGUGACUAUCUAUAUUUGCACUUAAAAUCAAAGUAGUUCAACAUGCAAAUGGCUAGGGUCUGGCCCUUGGUGAGGGCCACUCUGGUGUACUGUGUUGUUAUGAUGAAGCAGUAAAUCAAAAUUAUGGAAAUUUGCACUGUUGAAAAGCAUGCUUUAGCUUUAUUUUCAAUUAAAAACACUGUUUAAAAUUCCUGG